AUGAGUAAGUUUGGCUUUGGUUCCUUGCAAAAUUUUAUAUAUAUAAGGGAUGGUAAGUACACAUCUAGAAAAGGAAGUGUAAUAGCAAAGAUAAAACAUGAAUCCAGCAAACAAGGAUUCAGUGUCAGAUCCUUUGGAACAGGAGCUCAUGUGAAACUCCCAGGACCAGCACCAGACAAGCCAAAUGUUUAUGAUUUCAAAACAACAUAUGAUCAAAUGUACAAUGAUCUUCUUAGGAAAGACAAAGAACUCUAUACACAGAAUGGUAUUUUGCACAUGUUGGACAGAAAUAAGAGAAUCAAGCCCCGGCCAGAGAGAUUCCAGAACUGUAAAGAUUUGUUUGAUCCCAUCCUUACCUCUGAAGAGAGAGUGUGUGACCAGGUAGUAGGAGAUCUAAAUUCUAGAGAGCAAGAGACCUGCCCACCAGUGCAUGUGAUUAAUGUGGACAUUCAGGACAACCAUGAAGAAGCCACCCUAGGAGCCUUGCUCACCUGUGAGCUCUGUCAGUGUAUACAACACACAGAAGACAUGGAGAACGAGAUGGACGAGCUGUUACAGGAAUUUGAAGAGAAAAGCAGCAGGACUUUCCUGCACAUGGUCUGCUUUUACUGA